CUGCUCGGGCCCGAAAAACCUCUUCCUCCUCGAAGAAAAAUCCCAGAACUUGUCAGUCAUGUUCUGCUUCGGUUGUUCUGUAGUUUCCCGGGAGGAUGCUCAUGAUUCGGAGUUUAAUAACUUCCGCUUCGAUUACUCAGCGCAGAGCACAAAUUGGGCAGAUUUUGUCUCAUCAUUUCAUCUUCUUUCCAUAUCUGUACCACCCCAUUCUCCAUAAGCCCAGUCUGCGUGAUGGGUUUUGCAAAUUUUCUGGAACGGAUCAUUUUUAUGGGAUGAAAAGAUGGAGUCUUGGGGGCAUUUCAUGGAUACAUUCCGGUAGGGUUUUAUGGACUGCUGAAACGGAAGCGGAGAAAAUUGGGAACCCGAUUACCGAUGCUGAUGAUGGUUCUGGUGAGGUUAAGAAAAAGAGGAAGAAACUCAAGGGUAAGAGGGCUGUUGUGAGGUGGUUAAAGUUCUUCAGGUGGAAGAAGAAGAGAGACUAUCAGAGAAUGACGGCUGAAGAGAAAAUCCUGUUCAAACUCAAGAAGGCUCGGAGGAAAGAGGAGAGGCUAAUGGAAGCUCUUAAGAAAAUUGAACCUAAGGAGACUUCUGAAACUACUCACGAUCCUGAGAUAUUGACUCCAGAAGAACAUUUUUACUUCCUGAAGAUGGGGCAGAAAUGUAAAAAUUAUGUUCCUGUUGGAAGACGAGGUGUCUACCAAGGUGUGAUCUUAAAUAUGCACCUGCAUUGGAAAAAGCAUCAAACUUUGAAGGUAGUGGUGAAGACAUUCACCCCCGAAGAGGUCAAGGAAAUUGCUGCUGAGCUAGCACGAUUAAGUGGUGGCAUUGUGCUUCAGAUUGAUGAUGACGAUACAAUUAUUAUGUACCGAGGGAAAAAUUACUCUCAGCCGCCGACUGAGAUAAUGUCUCCAAGGGUCACUCUUCCCAGAAAGAAGGCUUUGGAUAAAUCGAAGUACCGAGAUGCCUUACGCGCUGUUAGGCGAUUUAUUCCUAGGCUUGAGCAGGAACUUGAACUGCUUCAAGCACAAGCUGAAACUAAGAUUGCCGCUUCUAGAGACAAUCAAUCAACAACUGCUGCAACUGACCACUCUGUUUCCCCUUCCACCACUCAAUUUGAGGGGUCUGAUCGGUUGAAAGAAAUAAUUGCGAAGACAAAUGACUUAGAUGAGGCUGAUGACACUCUGACAGAUACUGGGAUUGACUCAGAUUCUGAUUCUUUAUCAGAUAUAUUUGAGAGUGAAUCGGACUCAGAAGAUGAGAAAAAGGUGGAACGGCAUCUUUAUUUGGAUGCAAUUGACAAGUUUUCCUCACAAAGAAGUAAUGAGACAGACAAUUUCGAAGAGCAUCUGCGCCAAAUAUCGGCUGAUUCAAGGAGACAUAAAUUAUCAGGUGAAAGUGUAGAUGUACCAGAUUUGGAUGAGGUGGAUAAGAUGAUUAUACAAGCUGCAUCACUUCUAAAGAAGAAGAGGAGAUAAUUAUGACUAGACUGAGUUCUGAUGCCAACUAGAUGAAGGAAUGUACAAGCACUUUCAUUUCAUGAAAUCCCUUGGAAGUGCUAAUAUAAAUCCAAUUCCAGGCUCUCAGUAUUUUAUCUAUUGGACUAUUGAGUUGUGACUCUUGUUGACAAGGGAAGUAAACCAAUUCACAUUUUUGUUCAAGGUUGGUUUGGUGGAAGCAUGCAGUUUACUUUGACCUCCUGAUUGCAAUUUAUGACUUCCUUCUUCCGAGAUUAUGGAAGUGUUAUUCCCUUUCACUGGAGAUGAAGAUGAUAUGAGUCAAAAGUUUUUCCAGAUCUUUGCAUACUCAGAAAGACAGACAAGUUGAUUAACAGAGAGACUUGGGAUUUCUUCAUGGGGCUGCCCCUCUCUGUGCUGCCACUGCCCAUGAUUCUGAUUUUCACAACUUAAGCAAACAAACUGCCGCGGAGGAUGGAGAGUGAUGGACAUGUCUAUUUCCUUGAAAAUCCUAUUUGUGGACAAGCAGUAAACUGUCAGGGAUUGGCUGAGAAACAAAAUUCCUCUUCUCACCCUUAACAUGAGAAGUGGUUUGGAUGCAACUUGUCGAAGAUCAUCGUCAUUGGCAAAUGCUAUCAUGGUGGAAUUCAGAACUUGGGUGUAUAAUCUAGACAUCACUGCUGCCUGUUGGUGCUAACUUUAAGUUACUGCAUUUCUCCAGUGUUCUUGAAAUUAAAAUUCCAGGGGCCAGCGGGAAUGUUUAUUACCAUGAGCCAUUCCAAUAUGUGUUGGGAGUAAUAAAACAGACUGGGGGAGAGUGAAAAUUCUGAGUUCUGAAAAAGCACAGCUUAAUCAUCUCCGGCAACCAUCAAGAGACAAAUGUGAUGUCAAACACUGGAAAUGAGCAAAAUAAUGACAAAGUAAUUUGCACUCCUUGUUACUAUAAACUUUUCCACCUCCUUUUUUCCUUUUUUUUUUCCCCCCUUCGAUAAUCAACAUUUCAUCUUAAUAAAAGAGAUAACAAAAUUACAACAUUGUAGCCAACGCUUUGCCAUCCUAUAAAGUAUAAAC